AUGGCAACUGGAAACCACAGGUCUCUGAAUGAUUACACUGUCGGAUGGCUAUGCGCCUUAUCGGAGGAGAUGGCGGCCGCGGAGGCUAUGCUGGAUGAAACCCAUGAGUCCUUGCCUCUGCCGGAAUCUGAUGAUAAUUCAUAUACAUUUGGCAAAGUCGGAGGCCACUGUAUCGUCAUUGCAUGUUUGCCAGCCGGGGAAUAUGGUACUACAUAUGCUACUGCCGCUGCUACGCAUCUGAUCUCUACAUUUGGACGCUCUAUUCGUUUUGGUCUGAUGGUCGGAAUAGGUGGAGGUAUACCAAGUGAAAAUGCAGAUAUUCGGCUGGGUGAUGUUGUGGUCAGCCACCCAAGGUUUGCAUACGGAGGAGUUGUGCAGUACGACUACGGCAAAGCUCUUCAUGAUGGCAUCUUUCAAUCGACCGGCCAGCUUAAUGGUCCACCCAAUAACCUUUUAUCUGCACUAUCUAAGCUCCAAGCAACCCAUCACAGGGACAACAGACAAUUCAUGUCAUACCUCCGCACGAUAGGGCGCGGUAGUUCGCAAUUCGCUGCCCGCAUGUCCCGUCCAGCGCUGGAAGAUCGUCUUUAUUGCGCUGAUUAUAAGCAUGUUGAGGGCCGCGCUACCUGCAGUGAAUGUGAUAUCGCGAAAAUAGUUUCUCGGGAGAUCCGUGAUACUAAUGAGCCACAUAUUCACUACGGAGUGAUUGCAUCAGGUAACAAAGUUGUGAAAGACAGUCAGCUACGAGACAAACUUGGCCAUAAGUUCAAUGCAUACUGUUUGGAUAUGGAAUCUGCAGGCUUAAUGAAUCACUUCAAGUGUCUAGUAAUUCGUGGGAUCAGUGACUAUUCUGAUUCACAUAAGAAUGAUCGAUGGCAAGGAUAUGCCGCGGCAGCGGCAGCUGCAUUUGCCAAAGAGUUCUUGCUUACAGUGCCUGUGGUUCAGACCAGGAACACAGAGCCUAUGACAACUGGCCCAACCUCUCUCACAAUUGUCUAA